AAAACGAAACCACGUUCGAAUGCACUGAGGUUGGCCAACAGUUGAAACUUGAAGCAUAAAAGUUAUCCUUUUCUUUUAAAUAUCUCCGGCGAUUUCUUCCCUUUUCUGAGUUAUAAAAAUCCCAAAGACUCUGACUCCAGAGAUCAAAAGCCUCCUCACAGAAUCAGAGCUCAGACAACCCAAGCGCCAAAUCCUUUCUCUUGCAGAGACAAUGGCAGGUUAUCCACCAGGACCACCCGGUUACGGCUACGGUGCACCACCGCCCCAGCCAUACGGAUCGGCACCAUACGGAGCGCCACCAGCACAGCCAUACGCCCCGGUCGCCCCGUAUGGUGCCCCAUCGGCGCAUUACGUGCCAACUGAGAAGCCUCCCAAGGACAAGCACCAGGGAGCUGGUCUAGCACAGCCAUACGCUCCGGCUGCUCCCUACGGUGCCCCCUCCGCACCCUACGGCCAUGCACCGGGUGAGAAGCCUCCCAAGGACAAGCACAACGGAAUGGGAGGAUAUCCACCGGCGGCUGCCCCACUUCCAUUUGCUAGCCCAUUUGCCGCUCUGCUGCCGUCGGGGUUCCCACCAGGGACGGACCCGACUCUGGUGGCAUGUUUCCAGGCGGCCGACCAGGACGGCAGUGGGUUCAUAGACGAUAAGGAGCUGCAGCGGGCGCUCUCUACCUACAGCCAGAGUUUCAGCAUCCGAACUGUUCGCCUCCUCAUGUACCUCUUCACCGGAACCAACACCUACAAGAUAGGACCAAAGGAAUUCACUACACUGUUUUACAGUCUUCAGAACUGGAGGGCAACCUUCCAAAGGUUCGACAGAGAUCAAAGUGGGAAGAUUGACGUAUCAGAGCUGCGAGAGGCACUUCUAAGCCUUGGUUUUGCUGUUUCUCAAAUAGUCUUGGAUUUGCUCGUCUCCAAAUAUGACAAAUCCGGUGGUAAAGCCAGGGCAAUUGAAUACGACAAUUUCAUCGAGUGCUGCCUAACGGUUAAGGGAUUGACAGAUAAAUUCAAGGAAAGGGACACCAUGUUCAAUGGUUCUGCAACUUUCACCUACGACAUGUUCAUGCUGGCUGUUCUGCCCUUCCUUAUUGCAUAAGACAACCUAAUUAGAUGUUUGCUAUUUAUUUGGUUUUCCUUUAUCUAAUCUGAAGGUUUCUACAUAAGGGAAUGAAUUGUUUUUUAUUAUUGCAAUGCUUUUGUCUUUUGGUUGGCCUUUUUAGGAAUUUUUACAUCAGGAAUGAAUUGUAUUUGUAAUUCAUAAUUUCUUCACCUCACUGCAGCAGAAGCAAUAACACCACCAUCUUUUCUUC